GCAUAAUUUGUUUUUCAUUUUCUCUCUUCUCUCUCUCCCAUGUAAAAACUAAAUACAAAAAGAGUUCGUAUUAUUUCAUUUUUUAGAUCUGCUAAAUCGAUUAUACAUUAACUUCUCGAUUUUAUUUGCUCGAAUUAGAUCAACAUUUCAUUCAAUCAAUCUGAGAUUCAUAUUCUGAUUUUUUUAGAUUCAGAGAUCUUAAUAUAAAAUCUGAUGGCAUCUUUAGAAAGUUUGAUUGGAUUGGUGAAUAGAAUCCAAAGAGCUUGUACAGUAUUAGGUGAUCAUGGUGGUGAAGGAAUGUCUUUAUGGGAAGCUCUUCCUUCUGUUGCCGUCGUUGGUGGCCAGAGUUCAGGAAAAUCUUCUGUGUUAGAAAGCAUUGUUGGAAGGGAUUUCUUACCUCGAGGAUCUGGUAUUGUGACGAGGCGACCUUUGGUAUUGCAACUACACAAGCUAGAUAAAGGGCAGACGGAAUAUGCUGAGUUUCUUCACGCGCCUAGGAAGAAGUUCACUGAUUUUGCCGCCGUGCGUAGGGAGAUCUCGGAUGAGACUGAUCGUAUUACUGGAAAAUCAAAGCAGAUCUCUAACAUUCCAAUUCAUCUCAGCAUCUAUUCACCAAAUGUGGUCAACUUGACACUAAUAGAUCUUCCUGGGAUGACAAAGGUUGCCGUAGAGGGACAACAUGAAAGCAUUGUUGAGGAUAUUGAUAACAUGGUCCGCUCUUAUGUUGAGAAGCCUAAUUGCAUUAUAUUGGCCAUUUCUCCUGCUAAUCAAGAUAUCGCUACUUCAGAUGCCAUAAAGCUUGCAAAACAAGUUGAUCCUUCAGGUGAAAGGACGUUUGGGGUGUUAACAAAGCUAGAUCUUAUGGACAAGGGUACCAAUGCUCUUGAUGUUCUUGAAGGAAGAUCUCUUAGGCUGCAACAUCCUUGGGUUGGAAUUGUUAACCGUUCACAAGCUGAUAUCAAUAAGAAUGUUGACAUGGUUGCUGCUCGACGUAGGGAACAAGAAUACUUCGAAAGUAGCCCUGAUUAUGGUCACCUGGCAAAUAAAAUGGGCUCAGAGUAUCUAGCGAAACUUCUAUCUAAGCAUCUGGAGGUUGUGAUCAGGCAGCGGAUACCAAGUAUCAUUGCUUUAAUUAAUAAAACAAUUGAUGAGCUUGAAUCAGAGCUGGACCGUCUCGGUAGGCCUAUUGGAGUAGAUGCAGGGGCUCAGCUGUACACAAUUUUAGAAAUGUGCCGUGCAUUUGACCGUGUUUUUAGAGAACACCUUGAUGGAGGGCGAGCUGGUGGAGAUCGGAUAUAUUUGGUUUUUGACAACCAAUUACCAGCUGCUCUGAAAAAGCUCCCUUUUGAUCGCCAUCUUUCUCUACAGAAUGUCCGAAAAGUCGUAUCAGAGGCAGAUGGUUAUCAACCACAUUUAAUUGCCCCAGAACAAGGAUACAGAAGACUAAUUGAUGGCUCUCUCAGUUUCUUUAAAGGACCAGCUGAAGCCUCAGUCGACGCAGUUCACUUUGUCUUAAAAGAACUUGUUCGAAAGUCUAUAGCAGAGACUCAGGAGUUGAAGCGGUUCCCAACACUUCAAUCUGAUAUAGCAGCAGCUGCUAAUGAAGCUUUGGAAAGAUUUCGAGAUGAUAGCCGGAAAACAGUUUUGCGGUUGGUGGAAAUGGAAUCGAGUUACUUGACUGUUGAAUUUUUCCGGAAGCUCCCUAUGGAACCAGAGAAAGGCGGACCAACUCCCAAUACUGCCCCAACUAGCGACCGGUACUCGGAGAACCACCUUCGAAGAAUUGGAUCAAAUGUGUCGGCAUAUAUUGGCAUGGUUUGUGAUACACUGAAACACUCCAUCCCGAAGGCUGUUGUUUACUGUCAAGUCCGAGAAGCCAAACGUUCAUUGCUCAAUUACUUUUAUACUCAAAUUGGGAAGAGGGAGAAAAAACAACUUGGUGCAAUGUUAGACGAAGACCCCCAGCUCAUGGAGAAAAGGGAAGGAAUUGCUAAAAAGCUCAAGCUAUAUAAAUCAGCAAGAGAUGAGAUAGAUUCAGUGGCAUGGAAAUGAGCCGACUUACAUUGAAAGGUGUGAUUGUUCGUAACUACCAUAUUACACGCAAAAAGCUUCAAAGACCAAUUUUUUUGUCUUACUAUUCACAUAUUUUGUUAUGUAAUUGAACUAGGUCUUACGGCACGGGCGUUAUACAAAAUUCCAGAUAAUUAUGUUAGAUUAUUUACCGAUAGUACUGGAAUUCUAGUUAAAUCCUCCUGAAUUUUUAAACGAUGCCCGAAAAAAAGAGCAUUCCGACGCUUGAAUCAAUAGUACUUAACCAAAACCUAGUUUAAGCCA